AUGACUGAAUGUGUCAACCAUGUCAUCCCAUGGGUCAUGCUUGGGUCUGAAGACCUUCAUGAACUUUGGGCCAGUAUAGUCCAGAUUGCGAUAGCGAUCUACGUGCUGGCAUCAUACAUGUCCUGGGCUUGUGUUGCCCCCGUCAUUGUUCCUAUAGUAUGCGUGGCUGUGACUGUGCCUGUCACACAGAGAAUCGCUGUCCUUAGUAAUCUGAAAGAAGUCCGCAUCUUGGGCAUUGGUGGUUAUACCAGCAGCCUUCUGCAACGUCUACGAGUUGAAGAGAUUACUCCAUCUACUCACUUUCGCCGACUCAUAGCCGCAAUUAUUGUUUUGUCCCAGGGAACAAUUGUGCUAGGACCCUUCGUCACCUUCGCGCUUUACGCAAUCAUUCUACGAAUCAAUGACGAUCCGAAUUUCACAGCCUCCAAAGCCUUCACUUCAUUGAGCCUGAUCAAUCUCAUUGCAGCUCCAAUUUUGGUACUGAUCCAGAGUCUCCCCAGCUUCGCAGCUGGUCUCUCUUCUUUAUCGCGUAUCGAGAGCUUUGUCUCUUCAACGACUUCAUCAGAUGGAAGGAAGUUGCAAGAUGAAAAGUCUUCUUUGAACGCAAGAUGCCUCUAUCUGAGGGGCCCUGAAGCAGAUCAUUCAAUCGAAGAUCAGGAACUCAGCGAACUUGAGCCAUCUAUUUCAUCUUACUACACGAGUCAGAGAACUCUUGAAAACAGUAUCAUAGUCAGGCAAGCGAAAUUUGGAUGGAAAGCUGACAGCGAUGUCAUCAAUUCGUGCAACUUUGAGAUCCAGGACGGUGCCUUGACAGUCAUAAUGGGUCCUGUCGGUUGCGGCAAGAGCACAUUGCUAUAUGGUCACCUCAACGCCAUUCGUUAUAAUAGUGGUCAAGUUUGGGUAAAGCACCGUAAUGUAUCACUUUGCGAACAGACACCAUGGCUAGUCAGUGGAUCUAUUCGUCACAACAUCACUUGUGGCACAGCUUUUGACCAGCAUUGGUAUGACGAAAUUCUCGACGCAUGUGCUUUGGUGUAG